AUGGAGAAAGCUGGAUUCGAGACUCGACUGCGUUUACUCCUGAUGGAAUACGUGUCCACCACAAACACACGGACAAUGACUCCGGUGAGAAAACACAUCCUGCAGCUGUUGAUGAUUCUGUACGGAGAAGAGAGUUUCAGGGAAGCUGGUGGAUUAUCUUACUCUAAGAACAAAGAUGUUGCUGACCAACAGAAGAAGUACGUUCUGUAUGGCUAUCUGUUCAUGGAGGCGUUGAAGAAAAACACAAUAACUGAGACCGACUUGACCACACUCCAGAGAAUGUGGGGGCAGCACCUCCUGUCCCUGGUCAACAGCGAAAUGGCAGAGACAGCUGAGAAAUACGAGAGAAUUCUCCAUGACAGCGGGGAGACAGUUUUUAACAUCAAACGAUUUCAGCGACAUCUAGAGAUAAUGAAAACCAGCGAUCCAAGUGCAGAUGACAGAACGAAAUCCAAAAGUCACGUGACAAAACUUGGAGUUGGUCCGUUUUGCUUUCGAAGACCCAGACUUCUUGAGAGAUUUAAAAUGUCACUGAAGAAUAAAUUUGGCCGAGGAGAUCCGAGAGAUUUCUUGAUGCUGAAGUUCCAAGACAUUCAGUAAAUUAUGUGGCGUUUUAGUCACCUGGCUAUGGAUCUUACUUGUGGCGUUUUAGUCACCUGGCUAUUGAACAUUGUUUUCGUGUUAUAGUUACCUGAAUACGGAUUUUCGU